CUUAUCUGUUCCUACUGGGCAAAAGACAGAUACAAAAGACUUGCCAGCGGAGAAGAAAAGAGAUGGAGAAAAAUCAAGUCACAAAGAGAGGAGGAAAAGAACACAUGACAGACGGACAACAUGAAAAUGAGGAAGAUGAAGACAAUGCAGCCUCUGAACAAUGGACAGGAGCCGAGAGUGAUGACUCAAAGCAGCUGACGUUGGUUCCAGCUGCAGACCCACCUGGACCCGACGAAGCCAGAGCUCCUCCUGGACCUAAUGGACCUGGUGGUCCUGAUAGUGCAGUGGGUGCAGUAGGUGCAGUGGUCCUGGCUCCAGUUGCUCUGGGAGCCAUAGGUUUCGCUUCAGGUGGAAUAGCAGCAGGCUCCUUUGCAGCAAGUAUGAUGUCGUCUGCUGCGAUUGCUAAUGGAGGAGGAGUGGCAGCAGGAAGUCUAGUGGCUGUUCUGCAGUCAGCAGGUGCAGUUGGUCUGUCAGCAGCUGCCUCUACAGCUGUGGCCAGUGUUGGAGGAGCAGUGGGAGGAGCAGUGGGGUGGCUGACUGGACACAUUGUCCGAAAAAAGAAGAAGAAACAAGACAAAGCCAAGAAACAAUAAUGCUGUAACUCUCAUGGUUCAUUCCAUUGUCUGUAAAUGUGAAAAGCACUGAAAUUCAGUUGUUUAUUAACUCAUUGUGCAAAUAAAUGUGUCAACCAUCAUGUUCCAGUGGCAGAGAGCAUGUUGAAUCUUGCUGCUCUGGCACAAUGUCACUGAGGGAAACAUCUUUAAAUAUCUUUAGGUUGGUUUGUGACGAGGUUGUGAAAAUCAAAACACAAUUCUCUAGGAUUGGAUACGACUUCAUUAAUCCCACAAUGGGGAAGUUUUUUCUAAAACUAAACUAAAUUCUACAGUCAAACAUAUGUAUAUGUAUAUACACAUAUGCAUAUAUGUGUAUGUAUUUGUGUGUAUAUAAAGUGGUAAACACUAUAUAUAGUGUUAUUAGAUUAGUAUUUAUUGUUUACCACUUUCUUUUCUCAGAGUACCAGCCUCCACAGCAAGACGGAACCAAGUGAGUAGCUUUGUUUGUUUGUUUCGGGCUCAGCAGUGGGUGGAGCAGUGAACGUAAUCUUUUAUAACGCUGCAACUGUAACGUGUAAUGCUGUGAAAGUAGAGGUCAUAGGCAGCUUUUGGAGUCAGUGGUUUGAAGG